AUGGGGUUUCUCGCGACGCCGGCAAGGCGACAUGGCCUCCUGUUCCUGUGCCUUUGGCAUUCGACUUGGGCGAGUUCUGUGGAGGAGUGUGUGGACGGGAGCGUCGAGCUCCUGCAGCGGCACCUCAGAGUCCUGGAGGAGGAUGAGACAGACAGGAGACUUCAGGCAGCUCUUCCCAUGUUCUGGCUGCAUAUCCCGAAAUGUGGCACCACCUUUGUGAACACGCUGAUCAACAUGCACCACUUUUGCCCGUCGGCGGGUGAAAACUUUGAUCUGUCGCUGUUGGCGCCACACGAAUGCUUCAACCCCGUCUUCGCGAUGUGCCAGUCCUUCUGCAAUCCGAACUUCUUGGAGUGCUACGAACAUCCCUCCGCUAUGCAUUCGCCGGUGGGCAACGCCACGGAGUAUGCGAGGAGGAAGGGCAAAUUGGUGGGAUUCUUCCGUCAACCCGAACAACGUGUGCUGAGCGCCUACUACGAUGGACAUGGUUGGCUGGAGGAUUUCUCGAAUCCAGAUUCCAGUAAGUUUCUGUUUCGCUGCAAUCUCUCCUACACUGGAUGCUUGGAUUCUGGAAAGUUCUGGUGUGAUCGGCGGGGGUCACCAGGGUCAUGGACCAAGAUAGACGACCGGAGAACAGCACCUCGCACGAUGACAGGGCCAGUCUUCCUCGACCCAGAAACUGGGGAAGCUCGAUGCCACGAUUCUCUUGGAGCCAUGUGUCCCAAAGAUGUGAGGUUCAAGGGAUAUCCUUUGCAAGACCUCCUGGAGGCCUUCAAGGGCACGAUGGCUGCGCAGAUCGCCUCCCCACAUGACAUUAUACCCUUCGUGCACCAGCCUCCACGCGAUCUAGCUUUGGGGCAUCAAGCGGUCCAGAGGCUGAGGGAAGGCUUUGCCUUCGUGGGGCUGACUGAGGAGUGGGACUUGUCCAUUUGUUUGUUCCACGCGAUGUUCGGAGGGCCUUGCCACAGCUCGGAGUUUCACAACGCGCGCCCGGGGCAGCAUGCGAAGGAUGCAGAUGGAUUAUAUGAUACCUCCAUCCUGCAAGGCUACCAGGAUGAGAUCGACGGUUUGGUCUACGCGGAGGACUUGGCCCCUCUGGGCGCCCAGCUCGCGCGCGCCAGUGGGGACGGUCCGCUGCUGGUGACCUGGAGCACCGGAGGAGCUGUGUUCGCGCGGCAGGCGCUGAACCUGGCGCUCUCGGUGCGACGGCAUGUUCCGCAACUGGAAGCUCGCUUGGUGCUGGUCGCGCUGGACGAGCAGGCGCAACAGGAGUUGCAGCCCUUCGGCUUCCACGUGGUGCUCCAUCAGUCGACUCUGGAAGUGGACGACCUCAUUUGGAAAUUCCGAUGGCAAGUGCUGCUCGUUGGUCUCCAGCAGAAUCUGUCCCUGGCGGUGUGCGACAGUGAUGUCGUGUUCUUCCAGGACCCCUUUCCCCUCUUGGGCUUCGAUGCGGACUUGGAGAUCGCCACGGAGCAUCUGGAUCAGGUACACCAGUACCUCUGGAAGCCUUGGGUGAGACCUGAGGACGAUCUAAGCACCGGCUUCAUCUACGCGCGGCCAAAGGGGGGAGCUGAGCAGCUUCUGGAACAAUUCCUCCAGGAGAACCACCAUGCAGUGCUCCCGGGGCGCCUGCUUCGAGAUCCCUUCGACCAGCGAGUCUUCAACAAGUUUGUGCGAAGGAAGGCCAGCGAGUGUGCGCCCUGCAUCCGUGGCUUCUACUUGGACCAUGAGCUCGAAGCUUCUACCAGCCUAGGCGGCCAAACGCGCGGCCAGGGCGGUCAGGGCGCGCUGAGGAUCCGCGUCCUGGAUCCGGUCAAGGUCUUCGCCAAUGGAGUGAACUUCUUUUGGCGCCGGGCGCACCUCCAACACGGUCUUGCAAGACCCGCUGCAGCGCAUGCGAAUGGUGUCGGGCCGAAGAGCUACUAUAUGGAGGAUCGACAGGUAUGGUAUGUGGAUGAUCUGCCGGAUCGCUUUGGCCCCUCCCCGCGCUUCCUCCGCUACCACCACCCGGUGCCCGCGCUUCCUCCGGCCGCGCCCGCGCCGCUGGCGGCGGACUUGGCGCCGCUGGCGGCGGCGCUGGAGGUGGCGAAGGCCUUGGGGCGGCGCCUGGUGCUGCCGAGCACGCUGGAUUGUCGGAACUGCCCAGCCUAUGAGGCCUAUGGCCUCAACGAGACGGUGGGUCUGAACUGCACCCCCGACUACUUCGCCUACAUGUUCCGCCUCUACCAUGUCCAUCCCGAUGUGGUGCCUGCAGGCGUGGCAGCACAGGAGUCCUUCCAAGCCUUGUGGCCACACGAGCGGGUCGAAGACGAGGAGGUUUUGGUUCGCUCUGGCAGCGACAUGGUGCUCUUCUCGGGCGACAUCCUGGCGCUGCGCGACCGCCUCGCUCUGGGCACGGGGAUCCCGGCGUUGCAGAGGAGCUCGUGCAGCUUCCAUGAGUGGCCCCAUCGCUUUAUGGCCUGCCGCGACGAGGCCUACGCCCGCCACUUCGGAGGAGCCUGCCGUCCGGCGUCGCGGCAAUCCGCCUGCGGCGUGGAAGCCUUGGUCUGCUGCGUCUCCCAUCAUGGCCGUGCGGAUCGCAUGCAGUAUUACACCGGACUGCCCUGGGACCUGCCCUGCCACUGCGGCCUGCCCUGCGACGGUCCUCCGUCCAGCACCGUGGCCGCGCCGGCUAGCGGCGUGCGCUGCUGCGGAGAGCGAUGCGGCUGGGCCGGGGAAGCCAACGUGGUGCCACCAGCAGCGACGAACGUGGAGAAGGACCUGCCGUUUGCCAGCUCCUCGUUGAUGGCUUCCUUCGCUGCUGGAGAUCUCGAGCCUUCAGAGGCCGGUGAGUUGGCGAGUUCGGUGUGUUCAUCGCCCUAUGGUCGAAGUGGGUGGUCUACCGUAGACCCAUGA